AUGUACCUUCUUGAUAUUCUAAUCUGGACUGACAAUCAUUUGACUACGAUUUUAUCAUCUACUGCAUACACCUCCAACUUAAUAACCACUCCUAUCAGUAAGUUCAUUACUGAAGUUUUGAUCCUUGCAGUUGUUUCGGUCAUAAGUUAUGAAGUAAUAUAUUGGAGCGGAAUUUACCUCAAUCUUUGGGAAUAUCAUGCAAAAGACAUAUUCACUGAAGUACCAAUUCAUUGCGCCCAUAUCUACACGCGUGUGAACGUCGUGAAGAAGGAUGAUUUGGUACAAUUACGAGAAUACUAUGCUUUGAAACACAGUUCAAAAUUCAAUUUAUCUGCGUGGAACAAGCUGGAUAAUAUAGGAAGAGAAAUCUUCAAAUUGAAACAGUUUAUCAAGUACCACCUUGAAUUCAGCCCCGAAGAUUUUGAAAUGAAUGAUGACCCCGAAUAUGGAUCAAAUGUUGAACAUUUGAGGAACAGAAUUGCAGAGCUAGUUAACAACUCCGAUGUUCUUAAAAAAUAUCUUCCAAGCAAAGUAGAUCACAGAAGUGUCUUUAUUUUCAACAACUGCAAUGAUGAAGUGUCUACCAAAGAGAAUGCUCAAUAUUUAGUGAAGUGUCACAUUGAAACCGGCAAUGUGAUUGAUUGCAUUAUUGUUACAUAA